CAAACCAAAACGAUUCGUUCUCGAAUCGCUUGAAAAAGCGCUUUCCGUUUAGAGCGCGUUCUACUGCGAAACGCACCACUAGCCCAGGACACGGAGGAGAAACGGCUCAUUACCUGUCCGAGAGGUAAAUGAUCGCACCAGUGUUCCAUCAAGCGCUGCAAAAUGAGAUGUCUUGGGAACUGAAAUUAAAUUAGAUCCUGGAAAUCAGAAGUGCAUAUACAGCUUGGUUUUUAUUUGGAUCAGCGCCUGUGGUUUGGAUGAACAGACGGUGAUGGAGGGCGGCCGCUCUAAUAACAGCACGCAGCCCUCGCUGGGGUGGGAUGUGAUGGAGGUUUGCCCACUCUCAAUGGGUGGCACUACCUUCCUGAUCAUGGCCUACAGCACCAUGCUGGCUGUGGGCCUGGUGGGAAACUCCUGCCUUGUCCUGGUUAUCCUGCGCCAAAAGGAAAUGCACAACGUGACUAACAUCUUCAUCGCCAACCUUUCCAGCUCCGACAUCCUCAUGUGCAUCAUAUGCUUGCCCAGUACCAUCACCUACACACUGAUGGACAGGUGGAUUCUAGGAUUAGCUCUUUGCAAAUUGACUUCGUUCGUCCAGUGUCUGUCCGUCACGGUCUCCAUUUACACCUUGGUGCUGAUCACACUGGAAAGGCAUCAGCUCAUCAUCCACCCUACUGGCUGGAAGCCUGUGCUUGGACACUCGUACCUGGCUGUGGCUGUCACCUGGAUUAUGGGAUGCUUUGUCUCACUGCCCUUCUUUUCCUUCACCUACUUGGAAGACUUGACGGCCCACAACCUCACCAUGCCCACAAAUCCUUCUGAUGAUCACCUGGUCUGCAUGGAAAGGUGGCCAUCGGAGGGGAACCGUUUAGCGUACACUACAUCCAUUCUGGUCUUUCAGUACUGCCUGCCUCUUUCACUCAUCAGCAUCUGCUACUUGCGCAUUUUUCUGCGCCUCAGCCAGCGCAGAGACAUUAUCGAGAGGACACAGGAUGCACGGCAACGGAACGCAAAACACUCCCGGCGCAUCAACGUAAUGCUAGUCUCCAUCGUAGCCCUGUUUGCCCUGUGCUGGCUGCCGCUGUACGUCUUCAACACCAUUUUCGACUGGAACCACGACAUCCUCACGUGGUGCCACGACGCAGUCUUCUCUGUGUGUCACCUCAUUGCCAUGGCUUCAACGUGCGUCAACCCCAUUAUCUACGGCUUUCUCAACAACAACUUCCAGAAGGAGCUGAAGUCACUGCUGUACCAGUGUCGAUGCUCAGGGGUCCCGAGGAGCUACGAGAGCUUCCCUCUGUCAACCGUCAGCACCGAUAUGACGAAAGGCUCUGUUCUCAGCAACGGCUCUGACAGCAUUGCUGUCUCACCUCAACAGCAAGAGAAAGAGUGUUUGUAAAUAAGUACCUCGUGUAAAUUAGACUGAGCUACAGCUGUUGGCUAAGUUACAUAGGCUCAGAUAUUAUUUGGAAAACAAACAUGGUUCCAUAUCUCUAUAAACCUGAUCCUAUAAAUUGGAUUGCACUGCAUUGCUAAACAAGGCUCAUACAUCAUCAUCAGCUAACUGCUUGGUCGAAUUUGAAGAUGAUGAUCAGUUGCAUCACUUAUUUUCAAAAAUGUUCCUUAUGAUCUGAGGUCAUUGUGUAAAUACUGAAGAUUAUAUUUUCUUGGCUAGAUGACAAAACUCUCUUCAACUCACCUUAAAAAGUAUAGAAUGAACUUAAAAGGUAAGUUUCACCUGUUAGUCACGAAGUAGAGCGUUAUAUGCUAAAGUACGUUGUGUAACUGAGAUUGUAGUCCUAUGAAGACGCUAAACGCUUAUUUACAAAAUAUGGUGGGGGAGGGGCUCCUCGUGUAACCGAUGGAAACAUGGCUGUCAUCUGAAAACAGCAACGUUUUAAGAAAAGGCAUACAGGGGUGGAAAGUAAUGGACCUACGACGAGGAUGUGUACGAGCGGAAAGACAUGCAUGCUACAGCGCUACAGUAGUAUAACCAGCAAGCGACAGUGUUACGUUAAGGGGCGGGGCUACACAUCCAAAUGAAGUUCUCUGCAUCGGUCAGGAAAACAACGCAGCUAUCUAAAAGAUUUCUGAAAGACCUUUACCUGAGACCUUGCCAGAAAAACUCAGUGUUUCUUUGGUUUAAAAAUGUGAAUGUAAACCAAAUUUUUUUUUUAUUUCAAAAAACAAAAUGUAUUCCAUUUAAGUCUACUUCACCUCCUUUUUCUUUUUUUUUCCUGCACAGUGUGAUUCACUAUGAUCACGUACCGAUUCGUAGAUCAGCAGAAGGUCACGAGGCCAAAAGUGUAAAUAUAAAACCGCAGCAUGCCAUUAGCUUAGAAUUCGUUUGAAUUAAACGAGCUACGUGUUUGUUCGUUCAGUGAUAAUGAAAGCUGACACAGCAAAAGCCCUUAAUUAAUUCAUUAUCAAAUCCAUAGUAUAAUAUCUACGUUGUAAGGUGACCAAAUCCGAUCGAUCGUUUGCAUCGCAAUCACAUUUGCUUGAAUAUUCACAUUGGCUGUUAGCUAGCUAACGAUAGCAUGCAAUGGGCCUCAUUUGUCAAUAUUGUCUUUGGAGGCCAAACCGAACUAAAAAUUCCCAUCAGAUUUAAUACAUUUAAUGCUUUAGUGCUAGUAAUGCUGUUUUUACUUAGUACUCGUGUGCUUUAUAAUGUGUGUCUGUAAUCGCUAAGAAAUGACCUACAAUUUUUGAGGCACAGCUAGUUUACAUUUGGCCACGCCCACUAAACUCCAGAAAAGUCCCAAAACAACAAACCGGCGAUUAAAAUGUGGACGAGCAAGAAAUCCUUAACACAGCAUGUGCUAAAGUUACAAAAACGACUACCUUGUUUCUGUUUUAUAUAUAAAUUUAAUUCUAUAACUCCGAGUAUCUUCAUUUUUGUUUUCAUUUAUAAUUUGUUUUGUAAUGCGGCCUUUCAGGUCAUUAACGUGAAACAACCAGAUGUCACAAAAUGUUCAUCAAAUUUGUGCAUGCACUUGUUAGGUGUGGAACGUUGAUAUAAAAGCGCAGUAACUCGUCACUCAUCUGCCUGUUGGAGGAAAAAGUCUUUAUCUGUAAAACGAUGAACUCUCAUUCCAAAUAUACAGCUUAUAUACACCACUGAAGCUUAUUUUGUCUCACGUGAUGCAUAUAUUAACAUACACGCUUUCACAGCUCCAGGGUUCGGUCUUGAAUGUGUAGAGCUUUCUCCAUUUGUCUCAAACUUCAUGCCAGCAGGUGAACUGGUUCCUCUGAAUUAAUGCUCAGUGUGGGAAAUGAUUGGUGGCCCAUCCAGAGUUUAUAUUCCUGCCUCGUCUUCAUGAAAAUCCUUACUGUAAAGAGUUGACUUAAAAUUAAAGACAAGAUCCUAGUAAAGAUAAAAGCCUCUUAAGGGCUUAUAAGAUGAAAAAGUCUUAGGAGUAGUGAGGAGGACAUUUAAUAGUCUUAAGAGUUUCUUUAUCAGAGAAGAAAAUAACCGAAAGGUGAAGAGGGAUAAUAAUUAAUAGUGAUGGUGAGUUAAUAAGAUGAUACAGAUUAGAUCAUGUAGAGAUUACUUUUGUGACCAAUCAUAUUAGAGAUAACAUCUCCGAUAUAUAUAUAUAUAUAUAGAGAUGUUUACAUUUAGAGAUACACUAACAUUGCAGAAAUGAUAGAAUUUGUCUCUAUGACAUUUCUACGCUGUGUCUGAGAAUCUACAUUUAAAUUUACAACACAUUUAUAACAUACAGAUGUUAGAACAUCUACUGUAUAAUAUGAUCGGUCACGAACGUAAUCCCUGCACGAGAUAGUCUAAAAUAUCUUAACAUACGUACAAAGUGAAGGCUUAUAAUAGACCAGAUUUUAAAAACUCUCCUUUUUUAUUUAUUUGUUUUUUUUUUAUUAGACAGCCAAUCACAGUCUUCAAAGGAAUGUGUCAUACCUAGUAACGGGGUUAGGCUCCGCCUCCUCUCUAAGAUAAAAGUGUUUGUAUUUUCUUAUCUCAGAGUUGCUCUGUGAUUCGUCCUGAAUCACUCUUAAGAUAAGAAAAAAAUGGAUUAAGUUAGAUCAGGAGCUCUGUUAAAAGCUUUAUGAAACGAGCCCAGAUCUCACAGGGAGGGCAGAAUGAUUUUAUCCCUCAAGCAGUAAAGUUAUUCAUAGUGCAGUUUGCUGGCCUGGGACAUGAUGUGACGAGCUACGAGGGAAACGUGUGUAUCUUAAAUGGAGGGAAAGCGGUAACUAUAAACAAACUGUUCGAGCGAUUGUGAGAUUACUGUGUAGCUUGCCGGCCGCUGUGCUGUACAUCGAGUGUGUUUUAUUAAUCUCUAAUUGUGUUGAUAUAUUAAUACUAAUCAAAGUGUUUUAGUAAUAUCAAGGGACACUAUAAAACAUCAUGCCCUAUUGAGGGUUUUUCAGUCUGUUCAUGAUUAGAAUUAAUCCACUAUUUAUACCCAGUUUAUUGAUCUUUAUCCAUGCUUAUUUGGUGUGUGUGUGUGAAUGUGUGUGUUUUUGCUCACUGCUUUUGUCACAAAUCUCUGCGGUCCUUCUGGCACAGCUGUCGGCGCUGAUGGUUUUUAAAAUGGUCUGCAGUCCUUAAUUUGCAGUGCUGUCAUUCAUUUGCUGAUUUUGUUCAGAUAUAAAGCUUAUUUUUAAGCACAAACCACCCACGAGCUACAUUCCCUCACACACACACAUACACACAUACACACAUACACACGCCCUGCCAGAAAGAUACAGCCCUGGUCCCUACAAAUGAAAUUGAUUCAGAGAUGAUUUUUCAUAUUUCCGAACACUACAGCACAAGAAGAAGUUACAGGUGUACCAGUUACUACACAAUAGUGUGUUAUAUGUAAUAACAUGUAAUGUCAGUAAUAUGACAUUGAGUGUAACGCGUAAUAAAAAAGGAGCUGAUUGAGACGCAGCCUCAGACAUUUUUAUGCCACACGUGUUGCGUAGGUUUGCUAAGAAACAUCCAACAAUACAAUAGUAAGGCAUUAAAAAAUAACAGUAGCACAAACAAAACAAUACAUUUGUAUUAACAAAGAUAAAUAAUAUGAUUAAUAGUGAAGAAGAGGAAAAAUUGAAACAUGAUAUGGACAUUAUAUCAGCAUAUGAUCUAGUGAGAAGCUCAGCACUGCUACAUGCUGUACACAUUAUAUACACCAUUUAUUAUACACACGCACACACACACACACACACACACACACACACACACACACACAUAUAUACAGACAGACAGACAAGGUAGUUAGCAACCCUUAUUAAUUAGGAUAAAAGUACAGACAGUAGGGAGUGAUUUUAGUUAGUGAAUGAAUGGAUGUGUGACUGACUGAGUGAAUGAUUAAGUAAAUAACUGAAUGAAUGAUUAAGUGAAUAACUGAUUGAGUGAAUGAGUAGAUGAUUAAGUGAACGAGUGAAUGAUUGAGUGAAUGAUUAAGUGAAUAAGUGAAAUACUGGAUGAAUGAAUGAUUAAGUGAAUAAAUUAAUGAAUGAUUAAGUGAAUAUUUGAAUGAGUGAUUAAGUGAAUGAAUGAAUUAGUGAAUGAAUGAGUGAAUCAUUAAGUGAGCGAGUGAAGGAUUAAGUCAAUGAUUAAGUGAAUAAUUGAAAUACUGGUUGAAUGAAUAAGUAAGUGAAUAACUGAAUGAAUGAGUGAAUGAAUGACUGAGUAAAUGAUUCAGUGAAUGAGAGUGAUUGAAUAAAUGAUUAAGUGAAUAAGUAAAAUACUGGAUGAAUGAAUGAUUAAGUGAAUAACCGAAUGAGUGAUUAAAUGAAUGAAUGAGUGAAUGAAUGAAUGAGUAAAUGAUUAAAUGAGCGAGUGAAUGAUUAAGUGAAUAAUUGAAUGAAUGACUGAAUGAUUCAGUGAAUGAGAGUGAUUGAAUAAAUGAUUAAGUGAAUAAGUGAAAUACUGGAUGAAUGAAUGAUUAAGUGAAUAACUGAAUGAGUGAUUAAGUGAAUGAAUGAGUGAAUGAAUGAAUCAGUAAAUGAUUAAGUGAACGAGUGAAUGAUUGAGUAAAUGACCGAAUGAAUGAUUAAGUGGAGGGCCGGAUGAAUGAAUGAAUGAUUAAUGAGUGAAUAAGUAAAAGACUAAUUGACUGAAUGAAUGAAUGAAUGAAUGAAUGAAUGAAUGAAAGAGCAAGUGAAUAAGUAAAUGAAUUUGUGAAUUAUUAAGUGAAUGAGUGUGUUAAUGAAUGAUUGAGUGACUGUGUGAAUGAUUGAGUGAGUGAGUGUGUGAAUGAUUUAGUGAGUGAGUGAGUGAGUGAGUGAGUGAGUGAGUUAAAGAUCUCUAUAUCAGUUCCAUUGCUUUGUGCUGCUUUGAAAUAUUUCUGUGCAAUAAUAACCAGGUGCCUGCUUAUCAUCAACAAAUAUUUAGAUCUUUGUGUACAUACACAGGUGUGUGUGUGUGUGUGCGUGUGUGUGUGUGUGUGUGUGUGUGUGUGUGUGUGUGUGUUAAUAUACCUGUAAAAUCUGACCUGUAAUAAACCGAUACCUACAUUAUAUUUUUGUACUAUAACUCUGAGUGUGUGUUUUAUCGUGAUCUUAUGUAUUGCUCAACACAAAUCAUUUUAAUAUCAAGCUGAUGAUCGAUUUUAGAAUAAACUCUCUAUCUAUCUAACAUCUAGUAAAGUGUAACUUCUGAUGGUUCCCUUCUUCCUGGCCUACGUAAAUAAGGUAGAAGGUGAAAAUCGAGUCGUUUAUAGUGUCUGUGGUAUAAUAAUUAUAAUUUCACUGAUGUACUCGCAAAAGGAUUUAGGUUUAAACUCCCCUGUGAUUUAUUAUGGUAUGUUUUGUUCUAAAUGAAUAUAUCUGACUGCUUUAUGUAACACAGUGCAGGAUUAAACAAUCAGGACGGUUGCCGUGUCAGUUUGGAAGCAGAUCGAAAGAAAAUUAAAUAAAUGUAAUAAUCUCUGUGAUAACAAUUUCAAAACUUCUCUGCAUUAUUCCGGGGAUUAUUCACUUAUUUACAGGUGAAAACGCUUGUGUCUUCCCUCUCUCUCUCUCUCUCUCUCUCUCUCUCUCUCUCUCUCUCUCUCUCUCUCUCUCUCUCUCUCUCUCUCUUAACCCUGUCUGUGUCUCUCAUUCUCUCACCCUUUUACAUUACAUUUAGCAGACACCGUUAUCCAGAGUGAAUGACAUUUUUAUUUCAAUUUAUACAACUGAGCAAUUGAAGGUCAAGGAUGUCAAUAGUCCAGCACCCUAACCACUUAACCUCUCUCUCUCUCUCUCUCUCUCUCUCUCUCUCUCUCUCUCUCUCUCUCUCUCUCUCUCAUUCACUAUAAAAAAUCUUCCAUAAUAAUAAUAACCCAAAUGUCAUGUAAAUCAUUUCUCAGUAUAACUAUCAUAAAUUUAUAUUACUGUUAAUAAUAAGCUACAGUUGGUUUAUGGUGCCUUUUUUUUUUUUUUUUACAGUAUAAUAAAUGACAAUUUCUCACUAUUAUCCCAGCUCUACUACUACUAUGGCUGUUGUCUGGCUUCCACCCAGAAUACAUGAGCAAAUUGUUAUCAGUUUCCUUCUCCUUCCUUGAAGAGAAUUCCUGGCAAGUGUGUGUGUGUGUGUGUGUGUGUGUGUGUGUGUGUGUGUGUGUGUGUGUGUGUGUGUGUGUGUGUGUGUGUGUGUGUGUGUGUGUGUGUGUGUGUGUGUGUGUGUGUGUGUGUGUGUGUACAGCCUCAUAAUAGCCCAAGAUAUAAUCCUCAAAUCCAUCUAGACACAAAACACAUUGUUCAGUUAAGGUUUUGUCACAUUCUCUGCGAUCUCUUUAAGAACGCCGUUUCUAUAACGUCAACCAGAUAUAAAUACGUAUCAUUUUGUUUAAAGACCUCUCGGUGUGUUAUUUGGAUGCACACAUGAAUGAUGAACCAGCAUUUUUUUCGCCUGUGCUCCAUGACACUCAUGUAAUUCAUGCCAUUCCUCACAACUGGUGGAUUUUUUGCCUUAUUUAAAAAAAAUUAUUGAUAAAUCAUCAUCAACAUUAGAAAGGCCUUACUGUGUAGACAUAUCGUUAUCUGUACUAUAACUUGUAUAUAAUAUCAUAAGAAAAAGUCCACAGUGUGUAACGUCCUGUGCUGAUGACUCUGAUUCUUCAAUGUGACUAAAAUGUGAAUAAAAUCUUUGUUCCUCGUGA